ACGCGUUGUUAUGAUCAUUCCGCUAACAAUGUGCUUUUUGGUUAGCUUUUAUGCAAAAUGGAGCCCUUUUGUGCAAUUAGAUUAACAACGAUAGCCCUUAAACAAUAGAAUUUCUUCAUCAAAGCUUGUUUCAAUCCAUCGAAUCGUCCCAAAACCACCUGUUUUUGGCUCCGACAACAGACAGCUCUCGCAAGCCCACCAAUACACUCUCACACCCGUACGCUCUCACACUAAGCGCUUGCAGGCCACGAACAUUCCGUGAAGCACUGCUGCUCCGCCAUUCAAACGUAACCGAACCGCAACCGAGAGAGGUUGUGUGCCGCUUGUGCUGCGAGUGUCGGUGUAGAGCCGGCUGUUUGUCAGAAAGAAAACGCGCGCGCGCCGCUUGUAUUGUGUUGUGCGCUGGAGGCCAUUCCGUCUCGGAUCUUUCGUUUUGCGAUUGCGUUGUGUUUGGUGUCUGUGCGGGAGCGUCACCGGGCGUGCAUUGUUUUACAGUUUUUAUUUCUGCGACUGAUGAAACUGUAGAUCCAUUUAAUAACACCGUUAGUGCGCGAUCAAUACACUUUAAAGAAUCUUAAAAAUUGUGGCAACUCAUUCAAGGGUUUUACAACCCCUCCGCUCGAACCUGCUGGAAUACUGUAGAAAAGUGUCCUUUGUACUUGUACUUGUGCUUGUGUGUCCUUAUACUCCGUUCCGUGUGAACUGUUUCCCCAACCAACAACUCGUCUAGGAGUGCUAGUUCUUCAUGGCUACAUAUCUACGACAGAAAGUGAAGAAAUCCACAAGCAGCAGCAGCACCAGCACUAGGUACGCAAGCGAAUUUCAAGAACACGGCCGCAAACCCAUUCCCGACACUGCCGCAGACGACGACUACUGCUCUGCCGCAGACCGUGCACGCUUCCUGCAGAAUCCGGCCAUACUAGAUACGCUCGACUCCGUUCAUCGGUCGCUGCUGUUCAACAAUCUCAAGUUUGAUACCGAUGAACACACCGACGGUCUAGACAGCACUUACACAAUAAGCAGGGAAGGUGUGCGCAAACCAUCGGCGUCCUACAGUCGAGUGCCGUUUUCUGCACCAACCACCCACGUCGCCGAACACGACAACAAGGUAAAUAUUGCGGAAGCGUCGCCAGAUGACAGAUCAUCAGGCACGGAAGUGGUACUGCACGAGGAGGAGCUACAGUACGAGCGCUGCGGCGGCGGCGGCGAUUGCAUAGCGGCUGCCAACAGCUAUGAAAGUCUCUCGCUGGACGAUGAACUAGCGGCACUGUUCGGCAGGGACUGGAACAAUAACCUGAGCGGAAAAGCGGUCGCCAGUAAAGUGAAAAUGAUGGUGCAACAGUACGAGCGAGGUAAGGACGGCCCAGUAAGGACAUCGGCGGAACACCAGACGGCUGUGGAGCUUCGGCAUCCCGAUGUGUCCUCGAUUGGUGAGGCGGAGACGAGCGAUUUCGAAAGUGCCAGUGUGACGAGCGGCGGCAGCAGCGUGAGCGGAGCCGACGGAGGACGGCGAAGUGUGCGCACCAGCUCGGCGUUUAGUGAGGGAAGCCGCGAUGUGGCCAGCAUUGAACGGUUCGAGCUAGGGGCGGUAAAUCAGCCGCAAAGGCAGCAGCAGGAAGAGCUGGCGGCGGGUCACAACACGAUGAUUACCAUUAACAUUAACUACCGAUGUGAUACGAACAAUCCUCCGAGGACAAGCAAAGCUACGUGUGGGGAGGAAGUGGGGGCGGGGGCAAAAAAUGUAGAUAUUGUUGUUUCGGCACCACCCGGCCAGGCAGCUAGGGAAGGCGGAAGCCGCAAGUCGUUGAAAAGUGAUAAUGCUAUCGAGGGAGCAACGGUAGAACGAUACGUUCAAGCAGCUGUGGGAGGAGAUGUUGAAGAGCAGGAACUGAUGGAUUUAGAAAAAGAGGAAACGGAGGUGACCGACGGGUCGGUUAUGAACGAUUCCGACGCGAAGGGCGUUGAGCUGCUGCCAAAGGAUGAUGCUGGUACGGGAAGUAAGAUGGAUCAUCUUGCGAAAGAACGUCGCCGCAGUUCGUUGACGAGCAACCAUCAUCGGCCGUGCUACACGCCGGAAGAUGAAGAAUACCAUGACUGCGAUGAUCUGCACGAGUCAACGCUUUCCUUCUACGAGCAAGCGUCCUCCCAGCCAGUCACUCCGCAAGGGCAGAAACAACGAUCUUCUGUUGCUAGCGCAUCACCCGUUGAAUGUGCCGACGCAUUGGACGGCGAGCAACCGAUGAUCCGAAUCGUGCAAGAACUGUCGGAAGAUCACGCAGAAGUUACGUCCACCAUAACGCUUAGCAAGGAACAAGUGAGGGAAAUGCAAAAGACAAACGGUGCACGACGCAGUGGCGAGUCGGUUGAAGAGCUGAAACGGCACUCGCCGCGUGAAGAGAAGAGUAGCGUGCAUGAAAAGCGAAGGAAAUCUUCCACCAGCAGUAGCAAUGGUGCCGCCACAGCCACCAAGAAGCGUCACGAUAGAUCGAAUCUCCAGCGACAGCAGCGCAUAAUGGAUGACAACUUCUGUAACGAAAUUCUCGACUCGACCAUUCAUUUCGACCGGCUGCUUGGGAACGCUCGUUCCCAGCGGCACCAAGCGUUCGAAAGGGAGAAAAUGGCUGUUUCUUCGCCCUCUCCUCCCGCAGCACGACCAGCAGCGGAAGAGUGCUUCAGUGAUUCGGUCGUGGGCGAGCUGGUAUCGUCACCGGCCGACGAAUCGUUCGAUUCGGUCAUGUCCGUCGGCAAGCUGGAAGGCAAGCCACGCUACUCGGGCAAAACGGUCGGCCGGUUGAUGAUGAAGCGGUUGAAAAAGCUGCAGGGAGGGGGGAGGGACGUGCCACCGAAGACGAUCAACACGUCCGACGCGUCCACGAGCUCCUCGCUGCAAACGAGCGGACCGAAGAAGCCGCCACGAACGUUUGCUGCCAACUCGCCGAAACGGGUGAGCGCCGCACUGCCGACACCUUCCUGCCCGACGGCGAAGGAUGUGGAAGGGAGCGAUCCGUCCGAGUACGAAAUCGGCUGGAAGCUUGACUCAAAGCCCAGAACGCACCAGGUCGGCUGGAAGGUGCCGGCGGCGAGCGGGAAAAGCGAAGCAAUUCCGGCACAGAUUUAUAGCAUGCUCAACUACUCGGAGGACGAGAGUCGCAGAAGGCUCAUCAAGACGGGCAAUUCGAAGCCAGCACCGCAGCAGCAAUCGUCCUCUUCGAGGGGAGGGACCGGGACAGCCAAGUACUGGCACGAUGGGGAACCGGCGGGUCCGAAGCUCGAUAUAGACACGGUCGAUGGCGUCAAGACGCCUUCCCGGCGGCACUCGACGUCGACCGAUUUCGAAAAGUUUGUGCGGGAAUCGAACGUGAAAAGUACGCCGCACCGGAAGAGCGACGCUGGCAGUCGAGCCGGCGACACUAGGCGGCGCAUCGAGCUGUUCCUAAGCGAAGAGCGUCAGCAGCAGCAGCAGCAGCAGGGGCCGGAGCGGAAGCUUCCCGGGGCAGACCGUCGCCGGCGUACGACGGGCGGAAUAUUUGAGCGACGCCGGCAGCAGCAGGAAAAUUUUUUAGACGAUGCCAGGCUUACCAACCACGAUCCGCGACGGCGGAAGAAGGUCUCGAAGGUGCCGAGUUUGGUCGCGGGUGGCUCUAAACACGCUUGCUGUUCUGUUGCUGCAAACGCCGCGGCUACUGCGUCCUUGACGCGUGGCAACGGCAGUGCCUGCAGCGGUGGUGGAAAGAUCGAAAAGCGACGGACCUUCCGCAAGGCGGCACUGUUGAAGCGGACGCGCACCCUGUUCGAAGCGUCGAAGAAGAAGAUCUGGGCUAUCAAGAAGUUUGAAACACCGAAGAAGCUUAACAUCGUAAGUAGUAGUGGUGGUGGUGGUAGCACAGCGGCUUCUCCGUCCGACCGCGAUCCAAACAUCAAUCGCAACAGCUCGGUGAAGAAGAAGAACAGCUUGCAUCACAAGCAUUUGGGCUACACGCCGGUACAUCUGCGUUGUAAAACGUGCCGUUCAGGGCAAACCGAAGCAAAUAAUCGCGAUGAGGGAGAGGAGGACGUUGUUGUACCGGUAAAGUCCCGCGCUUCGGCACAGCAAGCAGCACCGGCACCGCGUGCCUUAAGUUCGAACUCUUCCGAGGAGGAAAAUAAGGAAAAUCGGUUCGUUAAAAACGAACGGCGUCGUAGAAGCGGCGAGGAAGUGAAUCGAAAGUCAGCCCGCAGCCUAAACUUUGCCUCCGUACCGCAGGAGAAGCGAUUAACCUCGUCACCAGUGGAUCAGAAUGGCCGCGAAGCAUCUCCGCGCAAAACCGGGAAGCAGCUAACGGAGCCAAAGUUCCUGAAAACGCUGCGCAAUUUAAAAAUAUCGCCCAAAAGGAUAUUUCGCUUUGCUUCGCACUCCUCCGAAGCGGCACUGAACAAUCCUUCGCUGGACGGCGAAAGCCAUGGGCAGGGAGAGUUUCAAUCGUUUGAUGAUUUAAAUCUAGACAGUGUUGCGAAUAUGGGAGACUUUCUUAGCAACAUUCGGAAGAAAAUCGAUGGCGAGUCGUUUCAGCAAGCGAGCGCAUACCGGGGGCAGGUAGCUGCGGUCGAUGUGCAUGAUGGUGGGGCGGACCAGGAGGAUGACGAUCCCAUCUAUCAGGAAAUCUCACCGAAGGGUAACAAAAUGAUUCUGAACGAGUUUAUAAGCAGAGACACAAACAAACGCUACCUGAUGGUGAAUAACAACCCAAACAUUCUGUACGCGAUGGUGGAGAAAGGCAAAUCCGCCGGUAGGUUGGUGCGUGCGCGCUCGCUCACCAAUGUGCAGGGCACUGCAAGUGCUGCAGAUCCAACGGUUUCUACGACUCCUGUCAGCAAGCCGCUGAACAAUACGAUCAAAAGUCAGAUGAAACCGAGCAAUCGGCGUGUGACGAUGUCGCCGCACAUGGAACGGUUCGAUACAGUGGAUAUGGAGGAGAGUAAUUGCCUGUACCAAACGGCACUAACGACCAACUCGACUAACGUACGGGAGGGCGACAGUGUCCUGUAUCGGUCAGCGUUAGCAAACAGCACGACUAGCACGCGGGACAGCAUCGGCCGGAGGGAGCCGGGCCGAUCGUUGAAUGCAACCGGCAGCACUAGCGCAAGCUCCACCCGUCGGUCGCUCUUUGCCCGGCACGUACCGGCGGAUCGUGAUCGUAGCGCUGUCGUACCGCGGCACCAGCAACAACAGCAACAGUCAGCAACUGAUGAGAGUGCUAUUUCGAUUUUACAGGAAGAAGAAAGUGGGCACGACGACGAGAUCUCACUGGAAUCGCGGCCGGACUCGGUGCCGAUCGUGCGGGAACCGUUGAUUGUGCGCGAGCGGGUCGAAGAUCGGUUGUCGUCCGUCGUUCGUAGGGAAGACGAACGCUUCCAGCAGAAGCCAACCGGCGGAACAGCGGCGGCAGGACACCGUCACAGGGGUAGUAGACGGGAGGCGGAGGAACAGGAGGAGGACGUGCUGUUGGCGUUCGAAAAGGACAUCAUCGUUGAGGAGGAAAUGGGUGGAAAGAAUGGGAAAGAUGGCAAGGGGGGAAAUUUGAUACUGCUCAAGGCGCACAAAUCGGUGCAGGUUAAGGUCGAGGGCGGCAAUGGCGCUGCUGCUCCCCUCGGGUGUUUCGAUACGGACGGUGAGAUCGAAUCGUUACGCAAGUACAAUGACAGGGAGAUCGAAGAGCUUGUUCACUCGCUGCACGACAACGUGACACUGUCGGACGUGGGGACGCUCGACACGGAGACGACCGCCUCUUCCUCGAUGGGGAGGAACGAGAUCGACCACAUCGGGUACGAUACGGUUGAUCUAGCUCCUCCUCCGCCGCGAACGCUGCAGAAACCGGCGAGCAAAAAUCAAACCAUCGACACCGUCGACGUUUCCGAGCUGAUCAGUCACGCGCCGGACGACAGCCUGUGCAGCACCUCCAACCUGUCGCCGAUCACCGGCUCCCUAACGAGCACUAAAAUGUCCACCACCUCCGGGACGGCCGUGAUGCGCAACCUGAAGGACAAGCUGCGAUCGUCCUUCCGCAAGAGCAAAACGUUCAUCAAGAAUGAGCGCCAACGGUUGGCCAACUAUCUGGAGGAGCGGACUGGGAGUAAAUCGUCCUCGGCCUCCUCGUCGGCGGCCAACUCCCCCCGGAGGCGUCCCGUGGAGCAAAAAACCCACUUCAACACCAUCGGCCACACACAGAGCGUGCAGCAAUCGCCUGCCCGGCGCCGGCUCGAGUGCAGUGAGCAGGAGGAGUCGGACGAUAUGUACCGCUCGUUCACGGACGGUAGCGGCAGCAUCGUAACGGCCGGCAGCUCGAUGACCGAGCUCAGCAGCCAGCACAUGAGCGAGCUGAUGCAGCAGAUCAUCCGGCAGGGGGACGCCCGGAAGCAGCUGAAGCAGGCGCUCGGCAUCUGCCGCAGCACGCGCGAGUUCGAAUGCUCGCCGGAACUGAUCGAGGCGGAACGGUUGCUGCUGGUGGCCACGCAAAAGGAGACGGCGGUGCGCAACGAGCUGAACAAGAUCGAUUACCAGACGCACGGGAUGACGCUGGCCGAGGGCAAGCGCGUUGGUACGGUCACGCUGAGCAACUUUGAGUUCCCGCUGAAGGAGGCGGCCGUGCGGGAUGCGCUGUUCAACUAUUUCUACGUCGUGGUGUGCACGUACAAGCACGAGGUGAAGGCGACGGUCGCGAAGGAACGGCACGCGGAUGGGCGGGUGUACUUGCGCGACUGUGCGAUACAGUUCAGCAAUCUGGACGCGAACUACGAGAUCAAGGUGGAGGUGUUUGUGCUGCAGCUGCGCAAGAACGUGAAGAACUACAGCUUCGAAAGUCGCUACCAUCUGGAGAAGGACUCAAAACGUCCCCUCAGCUGUCCUUCGCCGUCGAAAAAGCUGCGCGAAGCCGGCCGGCUGCUAUCGUUCCGCUCCAGCUCGCCGAAAACGUUCGAUUUUGACAAUGAGUUUUCGCGCUUCAAAUCGCAAGGCUUCCUUACGCUCACGUCCUUCACGCUGCUGACGGCCAACGGUGCCGCCGAGGGUGACGAUGCACCGGAAGAGGAGAAGCAUUUCGAUGCGACGUACGCGACCGCCCGCACCAGUCACAACACGCACCUGUCGACGAUGCUGGAGGGUGGCGAUGGCGAUGAGGAGCUGCUGGCGGAAGGCCAUUCCUACUACUCGACGACGGGCCACUUCCAGCCGGUCGUCUGCCGGCGGGGGGACGACCAGAGCGUGCUGUUCAUCGCGGAGGAGUUCAAGUAUCUGACGCUCGACUCGAUGGCGUACACCUCCAACAUGGUCGGCACGAUCGGCAUGAGCGUGCGGAGCGAGGUACGGUUCGACGGGUCCGACAUUGCCGGCUUUCUGGACGUCGGCGAAAAGGUGGAGGGCAGCGACGAGAGCAUCACCUGGAACCGGCGCUGGUGCAAGAUGAACGGGUUUAUGCUCGAGUUUUGGAACUAUCCGCAGGAGUGCCAGGAAAAGCAACCGAUACUGUACAUCGAUCUGGUGAAAUGUAUAAACGAGCGGAUACAGCUGGCCGAUCGCACGAUCUGCUCCCGUCCGCGCACGCUCAAGGUGGAAAUAUUCGCGUCUCGGGUGGCGGCCGGUGCCGGCGCUAGCUGCAACAGCAGCGGCAUCGGCAGCUUCCGAAGCACCACCGGCCGUACGACGAGCCCAAGCUGCUCGGCCGGUGAUCAAGACCGGGACGGACUGCUUCGACCACUGUCACCAGGGGAGCAGCAGCGUGGUGGUGGUGGUGGUAGUGGUAUGCAAAGCCAUAACAAUGUCAUCUGCUACCUGCUGGCGGCAGACACGCAAAGCGGUCUGAAGAGCUGGCUGGUUGAGCUAAAUCGGGUGGUAAAGUUUUUAAAGGAGUGGAAAUUCUGAGUGUGCACCGGCGCCGCGCGGGGUCCAAUGUGCAAUAAACCGACCCUCCCCUCUCAUGCGCGCACCGAAAGCGCGUAAAUGUCAAUCAAUCGUCCGCCCACAACCAGAGCUUGCCAUUAGCCUUUAUUUUGUUAGUCACAAUGCUGUUUAGGAUCCUUAUUAACCCCUUUCGAAUGGGCAUUUUGUAGUGAAAUAGUCCGUAAGACAACGCAGCAGCUAGCGCACAAUGUUAUUGAAAAGAAGCUCUCUGAGUGAAACAAUUUAAUUUGGUUGUAGGAAAAAAAGAAACAUAAAAAGACGAGAAGAAGUGCCUUUUAUCACACUUGCUUAACAGCCUAGGAAAGAUUUCAUUAGCAGCUACGGUCGAUGGGGUGUCGUAUCCCAACAACAAGACUGCACUCCGCGGGUCGUGGAAGAAGUGGUCAAUGAGAGCUGUUCAAAAGCAAUCGUUGUGCUUCUUCCGUUCUCCGUCUCAGCCCGGUAACGGUGAUUAGUUUGAUAAGCAUUCUAAGUUGGUUUGUUCUGUUUUCCGUUUUAAGUUUUGGACAGUGUUUAUCUCUACAUUGAUUAGCUCUAGCGCACAUUCCUACCAGUAAGCUGGUUUCGUUAAGGAUUUUUUCUAAGCUAAGAAUGAGAACUUUACAAUGUUAUGUUAUGUCCAAUAUCAUCAUCCUAUCCAGUAGCGCACAUCGUUUGCGGAUCAGAUCAUACACGAUAUCAGCUCAUUUUCUUCUCACUUGAAUUAUUGUUAAGCGAUCUCAUGUACAUACUUGUAAAGCACAGAUUGUUUUGAAUUAGACUGGCCCGAAGCUAGCUAGCUUGCAUUUUCGGGUGACUUAUGUGGGCGAAUAGUAGGGAAUUCUUGUUAUUUAAUGUACGUAGAAGUGUCAGGGUCAGGUUCAAAAUUGUUCAACUAUUAAAUUCAAAUCGGUCUCUUUAUGACGCGUAGCGGGACGGAGGGGCACAUACGGCGAGUGAAAUAAACCGCUUUGUGAGAAACACAAUGCAUUAGCAAACAAACGGA